AGUGAAAAAAAAAAAAAAAUCAAACAUUCAGACCAUUUUAGAACCCACCUUGGGAAAACCACAAAUUAGCAGUUUUCUCUCAGAGACCAAUUCUCUCAAUCUCCGUCGUGCGCUUUUGCUUGAUUUUGUAAUGUAAGACUUGUGUUUGGCAUUUUGUGAUUUCCGUUUUAUUUGCUUCUUCUUCUCUACUCUUCUGUAUUGGUAGAGUUUAAUUCUCGUCACCAAAUUUUCGAGUUUUGUUCGAACUAAAACUCAAAAUCUGGGACUGGAGGGAUAUUUCUCUCCUGGGUUCAUUUGACUAUGAUCUUCGAGAAGGAAUCUGAGGAAUUGAUACAAGUGGGCUCUGAUGGGAACCAUAGACUUUAGAGCUGCUGCAGAUGAAAACUCCAUUGUGGAUCUCAGCAGUCAAGUUCACCAGCUCCCUUGCUGCAUUAGAUUUGAUGGUCCUGUUGAAGUUUCCCACUAUUUCAAGCCUAAAUCUAGCGAUGUUGAAAUCGAUGGAGUAAAAACGGAAGAAGCUCAUUUCAGAGGAAGGAAGUUGCAGGGAGCAACUAUCUCACUCCCUAGUGGCUAUUCUGGCUUUGUGCUUAGACAAGCGAGUAACUUGAAUGCUAAUGGAAAGAGAAAAGCUUCUAUGCCCACAGAAGAUAACCAGUGUUGGGAAGUGAAGGCGAAAUUCAAUAACCUGACAUACUGGAAUCACGAUAGUCUUCCUUCAAAGGACGAUACUUUCUUUCGCUCUUUUCAUUGGUUUAGCAUUGCAGAAGCGCUGCAUAAACCAGUGAAAGUUGAAGACUUGGUUGCAGUUUCACAUGGUGGAAAGAAUAAAAUAUGAAGUGGCAAUUACCGUUUCGGGUUUUGAACAAAACAUCUUGUGAAACUAGCAAGUAAGUGAUCUAUGACAUGAAAUUCUCAAGGCUUGUUGGCUUCAGGCUUGUUCGAGCCUGGAUCAUGUAUUUCUUCUGUAAGCUGUUUUUUAUAAGAAAUGAAAAUCAUAUUAUUCUUUAGAGAAAUCAGUUCAAUUUCCUUUAAUAACAGUCAUUACAAGCAUUGGAAUUUUUAUCUCUGGUCUAAGACUCUCCUCCAUGAGUGUUUUUUGGUCUGUUUUAUGAUUUGAAAAAUCUUCGAAAACCAAAGGUGAACAAAUAUGUUGUGGAGUAUAUUUGAUAAGCUAUUAUAUUUUCUGCUAUGAUUAUGAUU